CCGUCCAGUGUUUGUCGUCCCGUCCCCCGCCUCCUCUCCUCUCCAGCUGCUGGAUCUUACAGCCUUUUAACUCUCUAAGCACCUCCUUGAAGGCAGACCAUGCCCUCUCUAUGACGGUUACUUGUUAAGCUAACUCUGCAUGCCAGAAGACUGUCCUUGGUUGAUCCAAGGGCUUUUGGGGACUCCAGCCUCUCCCCAGUUUUUCUGUGUGUGUGUGUUCCUCUAGAACUUUCAAAACUGUUUCUCCAAAGGGUUUUGCAGAAACUUAGACUGUUUUCUAAAGCAGAAGCACCUCAGUCCACAGCAGUAGUGAUGGGCAGCGUGCGAACCAACCGCUACAGCAUCGUGUCUUCGGAAGAGGACGGAAUGAAGCUGGCAACCAUGGCCGUUGCCAACGGCUUUGGGAAUGGAAAGAGUAAGGUACAUACCAGACAGCAAUGCAGGAGCCGCUUUGUCAAAAAAGACGGCCACUGCAACGUCCAGUUUAUUAACGUGGGCGAGAAGGGACAGCGAUACCUGGCAGACAUCUUCACCACUUGCGUGGACAUCCGCUGGAGGUGGAUGCUAGUUAUCUUCUGCCUGACUUUCAUCCUCUCCUGGCUUUUUUUUGGCUGUGUGUUUUGGUUGAUUGCACUGUUGCAUGGAGAUCUGGAGAAUCAAGAAAAUAGCAAACCUUGUGUCUCUCAAGUGAGCAGCUUCACCGCAGCCUUUCUGUUCUCCAUUGAGACCCAGACCACGAUCGGCUAUGGCUUCAGGUGCGUCACAGACGAGUGCCCCAUCGCAGUUUUCAUGGUGGUUUUCCAGUCUAUAGUAGGCUGCAUCAUUGAUGCCUUCAUCAUUGGUGCCGUCAUGGCAAAGAUGGCCAAGCCAAAAAAGAGAAAUGAAACUCUAGUCUUCAGCCACAAUGCCGUAGUGGCCAUGAGAGAUGGAAAACUGUGCCUGAUGUGGCGCGUUGGAAACCUGAGGAAAAGCCACUUGGUAGAGGCACACGUGCGAGCGCAGCUCCUCAAAUCCAGGAUCACGUCGGAAGGGGAGUACAUCCCCUUGGAUCAAAUAGACAUCAACGUAGGGUUUGACAGCGGAAUAGACCGCAUAUUUCUGGUCUCCCCCAUUACGAUAGUACAUGAAAUAGAUGAAGACAGUCCUUUGUAUGACUUGAGCAAACAAGACAUGGACAAUGCUGACUUUGAAAUUGUAGUAAUAUUAGAGGGCAUGGUGGAAGCUACCGCCAUGACUACCCAGUGCCGUAGCUCAUAUCUGGCAAACGAAAUCCUCUGGGGCCACCGCUACGAGCCUGUACUCUUUGAAGAGAAAAACUACUACAAAGUGGACUACUCGAGGUUCCACAAAACAUACGAAGUGCCCAACACACCCAUCUGCAGUGCCAGAGACUUAGCAGAAAAGAAAUACAUUCUCUCUAACGCAAACUCCUUUUGCUACGAGAACGAAGUAGCCCUCACCAGCAAAGAGGAGGAUGAGAUUGACACUGGGGUGCCUGAGAGCAUGAGCACAGACACCCACCCGGACAUGGACCACCACAACCAAGCAGGGGUGCCUCUAGAGCCACGGCCGCUACGGCGGGAGUCGGAAAUAUGACUGACAAACUCUUCCUCUCUCUUUUGGUUGAAAGGAAAAAAAAAAAAAAAUACAUCUAUCGGUCAAAGGCACGUUGACCUGAGAAGUUGGCCCAGAACAGUUUUCAGACAACGGUACUGUUGAAGAGUGGUGUGAAGGCAAGCAGACCUGAGAAACCCAGGCUGGUUUUAGGGCUGUCCUCAAAGGAGGGAUGACAGAAAAUGAACUCUAAACACAAAGCACUAAACAUGUCUAAGUAUGAACAGAAGGCACAUAUGUUGUAGAAUAAAUUAUGUAUAUAUUUUUUUACAAAACUUGAA